AUGCAAGCAGUCUCUAUUCGCCAGGGCUCUACCCCCUACUCGGCAGCAAACCCCGCCCCCGCAUCUGCCCUAUUCCUCGACGACAACACCCCGAUCCCACAGCUCACGCGCCCAGGAGAGCUUCUGGUCCGCGUCCAUGCCGCGACGGUGACGCGUGAUGAACUGGCCUGGCCUGAGACCUACGGGCCCAACGAUAAGUCGAUUCUGGGACACGACUUUGCCGGUGAAGUGGUCGAUACGUUUGACCAGACGGGUACGGGGCUCACUGCGGGGGAUCAUGUCUACGGCAUGACUGCUGCGAAGCGGGCACACUCGACGUGGGCCCAGUUUGCGGUGGUCCAGAGCGCUGAGGCCGCGCGCAAACCGGCCAGUCUGGACUGGGCUAGCGCGGCGACAGUCCCCAUGAGUGCCCUGACGGCCUGGCAGGCCUUGUUCGUCCACGCCGGAGUCCCCGAGCCGGACCUGUCAAACAACACCACCAGAACGGCCUCCAAGGAAAACCCGCGCAGGCUCCUGGUGACCGGUGCCUCGGGGGCGGUCGGCUCGUAUCUGGUGCAGCUGGGAGCCCUGACUGGGCUACACGUGACGGCUGCCUCACGGUCGAAAACAGAGAACGCGGACUUCCUUCAUUCACUGGGUGCGGAUGAGAUAGUGGAGUAUGAGGAGCUGCUCGGCAAGGAAAAUGAAUUCGACGUCGUGACUGAUACGGUCGGGGGCCAGGCUCUGGAAAGUUGCUGGCGUCUUGUCCGGGAUGGAGGGUCUUUGAUCACGGUUGAUUCGUCGAGUUUGGGUUUUAUGGAAGAGCUUCCGAAGAACCAGGAGGAAAAGGCCAAAAGGGAAAAGGUCAAGGCUCGAGGGUUUAUUGUCGAGGCGGAUGGUGUUCAGUUGCAGAAAAUCGCUGUGGCGGUGGACUUGGGCUUGCUGAAAACGUUCGUUGCGCAGAUAUUCCCAAUCUGGGAGGCCUCUGAAGCCUAUGAGGUGGGUGGUAGGAGGUUGGCACGAAGGGGGAAGAUUGUACUUUCAGUAGCUGAAUAA